GCGUUUAAUCUGGACAGCCCUGUGAAGGCGAUGUAGAGGUCCUGACGCCUACAGCACUUCAUUUCAACAUGGCGGCGAACAGCAGUAGCGGCACGGGGAGUAAAAGCGGUGGAGGGAAGCAGUCUGGCCCCUCUGCCGAGCAGGUUGUGGCAACGUUCCAGAGGAUGCGGCAGGAGCAGCGCAGCAUGGCCUCAAAAGCUGCUGAACUAGAGAUGGAGAUCAAUGAACACAGCCUCGUCAUCGACACGCUGAAGGACGUCGACCCCUCGCGGAAGUGCUAUCGUUUAGUCGGAGGAGUUCUGGUGGAGAGGACUGUAAAAGAAGUGCUGCCUGCGCUGGAGAACAAUAAAGAACAGAUAUCAAAGUUAGUCCUGUCGCUCAACACGCAGAUGCAGACGAAAGGGCGGGAGCUGACGGAGUAUCGGGAACGUUACAACAUCCGCCUGGUGGGCGAAGACGACAAACCGGGCAAGGGCAAUGCGGCUCAGGCCAAAGAAAGUGAAGAAGGGGGAUCGAAAAGCGGAGCUGGAGUUCUGGUCUCUUAGUCAGUUUAGCUUUUCACAUAAACCUAUAAUCAAAGGCGUAGGGUUUGAGAGCCUGAAUAUUGUGAAGAUGACAAUUUUACAUGUGAAUUUUGUAUAUUCAUAAUAUUGACACGGUCUCUAAUCUUUCCCUCUGAGCGCAGAACAGCAGAGCUGAUGGGGAAUAUUCUCACAGUUAUACAGCAGAGACAGAAACUUUACCCUUAUUUUGAGUGUAGCCCUGACCUUUAACCCCUAAUCUCUCUCUCUCUCUCUCUCCCUUCUUUAAAUGCUUUGUGUAGAAUCAUGUCAAUUACAGAAUAUACACACCUCAGUGUCCUACAUAUCACAACACAUACUGAACAACAGCUUUUUGCCUUUCACGUUGUAAUGAAUGUUAUACAACACAUACAGACUACAUCCAGUGCAUCCUUAAUUGCUUAGACUUGCUGUAUGUUUAGGUGCAUAACAGGCUCCGAAAUAAUGUCACGAGGCUACACUGAAGAAUUUUUCACUGUCUAUAGCUGUGAAUAUUCACACAGAACUGUAUCAUGCCCUAGGAUAUUGAACCUUAACAUAGAGUACAUUAGUUAAAUUGGAACACAGCCCUAUCUGUCAACUUGUACUUGUUUCAAAGAAGAUUUUGGGGUUUUUUUUUUUUAUGUUUGUCUUGUUUGUUUUGGUUAAACGAAUUAAAAUGCCAACUUGAAUAA